AUGAUCCUCACGGGAAAAGAGAGGAAAGAGGAGUUACCUACGUCCAGUUGUCGUCCGCUUUUCGUGACGACUAGUUUAAAAACAAGCACGUGUUUCGUCAACAUGGCUGAAGAGGCGAAGAAACUAGCCGCCUACGCCGCGGUUGACAACCACGUACAGAGCAAUCAGGUGGUUGGAGUCGGCAGCGGUUCAACGAUCGUCUAUGCAGUGGACAGAUUAGCCGAGAGAGUUCGUCAAGAGAAGCUGAACAUCAUCUGUGUGCCCACCUCCUUUCAAGCACGUCAGCUGAUUCUGCAACACGGACUGAUGCUGUCUGAUCUGGACAGACACCCUGAGCUGGACGUCGCCAUCGAUGGCGCGGACGAGGUGGACGCAGCUUUGACUCUGAUCAAAGGCGGAGGGGGCUGUUUGACCCAGGAGAAGAUCGUCGCCGGUUGUGCCCGACAAUUCGUCGUCGUCGCCGAUUACAGGAAGGCGUCUGAAGCGCUGGGCCAGCAAUGGAAAAAGGGGCUUCCCUUGGAGGUGGUCCCCAUGGCUUACGUUCCCGUCUCCAGGAAGAUCGUGCAACUUUUUGGGGGGCAGGCCAACUUGCGAAUGGCGGUCAAUAAAGCUGGUCCCGUGGUGACAGACAACGGCAACUUCAUCCUGGACUGGAAGUUUGAGCGUACUCACUGCUGGAAGGACGUCAACAGCGCUAUCAAGAUGAUUCCAGGCGUGGUGGAGACGGGACUUUUCGUAAACAUGGCGGAGCGCGCCUACUUGGGCAUGGAGGACGGCAGCGUCCAGAUACGAGAUGCACCUGUCCGCUGA